UAACCAUUUUUAAUGUAGUUUUUAUGUGUUAUACCUUUUUAGCACCUUAUUUUAAUAUAAUUUAAAUAGAAUUUUAAUGUAAUUUUAAUACAUUCUUUUAAAUGUAAUUUUUAAUGUUUACUUAUUUUAGUCCCCAGAGUGAAACUAAAUGAACACCUUUAUAAUAAAAUAACGCUUUAUAUUUUGCCAAACAUAUUUUUUGAAGUGUCAUUUUGUCUUUCAUAUUUGAAUGGAAUUCCAUCCAUCCAUUUUCUUUACCGCUUAACCUCACUAGGGUUGUGAAUAAAUGGAAUGGAUAAAUGUUCAAUUGGUUCUUCAUAAUGUUAUAUUACAGACACAGUAUACAACAAAUUGAUGGAUAGCUAUUUUUGAAUUCAGAAGUCAAGGAUAAUAUAAUGCCGUGAAAAAGUAUUAUCCCCCGUUUGGCUCAACUUCUUAUAUUUUUGCAUCAUCCAUCCAACCAUCCAUUUUCAACACCGCUUAUCCUGGUUAGGGUCGCGGGACGCUGGGGCCUAUCCCUGCUGACUUCGGGCGAAAGGCGGACUACACCCUGAACUGGUCGCCAGUCAGUCGCAGGGCACAUAUAGACACGGACAACCAUUCACACUCACAUUCACAGUGUCACUGAGUGGGAACUGAACCCACGCUGCCCCCACCAAAGUUAGGCGAAUGUACCACGACACCAUCAGUGACCAGACAAAUACAACCCAACGUAAAAUUCUGUUUUAAAUGGUGAUUUCAUUGAGAAGAAGAAAAAAUUAAGUUACCUGGCCCGGUGUGAAAAAGUAAUUACCCGCUUUGUUAAAUCAUAAGGCGGCACGGUGGCCGACUGGUUAGAGCGUCAGCCUCACAGUUCUGAGGACUUUGUGGAGUUUGCAUGUUCUCCCCGUGUCUGCGUGGGUUUUCUCCGGGCACUCCGCUUUCCUCCCGCAUCCCAAAAACAUGCAUUAAUUGGUGACUCUAAAUUGCCCGUAGUGCGAAUGGUUGAUUGUUUGUAUGUGCCCUGCGAUUGGCUGGCAACCAGUUCAAGGUGUACCCCGCCUCCUGCCCGAUGAUAGCUGGGAUAAGCUCCAGCACGCCGGCGACCCUAGUGAGGAGAAGCGGCUCAGAAAAUGGAUGGAUGGAUAGAGGGUUAAGUCAUGAGUUAAUUGUGGCUAAUCACAAUUUUGGGUUAAUUUUCACUGAUCACACCCAAGCCUGAUUACCUCCAGACUUGUUCAAUCAAGAAAUCACUUAGACAGAAUCUGUCCCGACAAAAUCAAGUCCGACAAAAGCUAAAAAAGCUGCAACAAAAUGACACGAUUCAAAGAAAUUCCAGAACAGUUGGCAUCUAUCAGACUGGCCAUUUCUAAAGCUUUAGGAUUCCAGCGAACCAUAGGUAGAGCCAUUAUCCUCACAUGGAGAAAACAUGGAACAGUGGUGAACCUUCCCAGGAGCGGCCGGUCGACAAAGAUUACCCCAAGACAACAGCAAUGACACAUGCAGGAAUUCCCAAAGGAACUCAGGACUGCAGGCCUCUCUCGCUUCGGUUAAGGGUGGAAGGUCGUUGGAGGAAAAAAGUAGAAUGUCACGAUGUGAAAACAGGAUGUGCAGGUAACAGGCGAGCAGAAGCUGCAGCAACGUCUCAAGGUGGCGUGUGGGAAGCAGGAAUGGCUUGGGUGUGUGUGCUCGCUGUAUUGCUCUCUGCGGCCGUCACACGUGGCCAUAAGGGGCCCCCCGACAUCUACCAUGUCAGUGCGGGCCACCUCCUGCUGCUGAAGUGUCCCAUCACCGGCGCACAUGGCAAUGUCACGUGGAGCCGAGAGGGCUCGUCGGCGGGGGCAAAGGUUUCUCUGCCCCCGGGUGUGGAAGUCAGGGAUGGGUUUCUGUGCUUCCUGCCCAUGCAGACAUCCCAUAAUGGCACCUACAGCUGCGAGAGUGCCGUGGUGCAAAGCGGAACCGUCAAGAUGGACUUUAGAGUGUCGGUGUCCACUGGACUUUGUCCUCCCGUGGCCGAAGUGAGGAGGGUCCCCCUGGGGGUCACCCAAAGCCUUCCCUGCAAGCUGGACCAUGUCUUACGACUCAACAACAUGAGUAACGUACGAUGGCUGAAGGACUGCCACCCAGUGGAGCGCGAAGGCGCGCCCAUCAGCGUGCACGACAGCGGCCUCAUGAGGCUGCGCAAGGCCACGCAGGACGACGCCGGCACCUACACCUGCCUGGUGAACGUCAGCCUCGAAGGCAGAAUGUACACGUCAGCACGUAGCAUCCAGCUGCACAUCAGCGACAUGUUGGCACAGACAGUUCUUAGUGAGCCGGAGGUGAUCCAGCAACAAGAACAGACGCUCGCCGUGGAUAUGGGUGCGCGGGUGGAGCUGAAGUGCUUGGCCUUCAUGGGCUUCAGCCAGGAUGAAGAGACGUUCAUGUUCUGGGUUGUGAACGGCAGUUUUGCCGACGAUGACCCGGAGCUCCAGGAGUCCUUCCACAUCACUGCAAACCAAGACCGCAUGUUCGGCGAGUCUACACUGACUAUCUCUAGAGUUCUACCUCGCUUCCUCAACGUGUCCAUUCGCUGUCGGGUCCAGAGCCCUCUUGUGGUGAAAGACUGCCUUGUGCAACUCAGAGAAGCCAAUCACAGCUGGUUCCACGCUGGCGUGGCUGUGGGCUUGGCCACGUCGCUUCUUCUUCUUCUGGUGUUCCUGUUGGUCUUCUUCAAGGCGGAAGUAGUGUUGGCGUACAGAAAGCUGCGUGGCUAUUUUGUGAUGCCACAAGAUGCAGACUGGGUCCCGUACGACGCCUUGGUGAGCGUGGUGCACGCUGCGGGCUCUGAGACGAGCCCGAGUGUCGCAUCUGACUUCGCCCUGCAGCUGCUGCCCAGCCGGCUGGAGGAGCGUCAUGGCUACCGCCUCUUCAUCACGGGCCGAGACGACAGCCCGGGAGAAGCAACACACGACGCCAUGGCAGCCACCAUGCAGAGAUGCCGCCGGCUGAUCAUCAUAUUGGCGAAGAAGGAGGAGGAAGAGGAGAAGGAGGCAAGCGAGUGGCGGCCCUUCAGCCAUGAGGAUCGACAGCUGAGCUACGAGCAGAAGCUGGGCCUGCAUGAGGCUUUGACGCACAACACACCUUCAGUCAUCCUUCUGGAAAUAGACGGUCCGCCGGAUUACAGUCGCCUACCGCAGUCUCUGGGCUUCAUCAAGAGGAGACAGGGGGCGCUCACGUGGAGGAAACACAAGCCAAACAGAGUCUUCUGGAAGAAGCUCAGAUGCCUCAUGCCCGCCGUGCCAGCCACGAGACAAUCCAGACUGCAUCAAGACCACAUUUUGUGAAUGCACACAUUGAGAAAAGCUGUGUUGGGGAUCACUCCCUAUCAAAUACAGUACAUAGUGCCCUACAGUCAAGGGCGUUGAAUUGGGGGGCAAAGAUGAACAGUUGUGCUGGAGCCCCAUUUUUUUCCCCUUUGAUUUAAAUAUUUUAGUGAUAAAAAACGGCGUCAUGAGUGUUAAAAUAUUUUUGCGUAAGAUUGCGUUUAAACUUGGAACGGUACUUACAUUUGGAAAAGCACGGAGAUGCAGAGUUGAAAGGAGUUAUGGCAUACUUACAUGACUUCAUAGCGUCACUCGACUCUUUGUGACUGACUGGCUCCAAGUCAGCCUUUGAUCAUUCACAGGCUCCAAAUUAAAAUUGGCAAUUUGUCGCAAUAUUUUUUGUUGUCAUAGUGUUAACACGAUCGGAAACAUUCUCCUCGUUGCUUUUCAUUUUUCCCCCAGUAGCAGACGCUCUCGUACAAUGCAGAUGCUUUUCUGCUCGCUUCGCUUGUUUACAUUUUUCUUGCUGAUAAGCUUGUUUUUCUUUUUCCAAAGAAAUUAGAACCAGCGACUCCUGGAUAUUUUUAAAGCUGUGGGACUGUAUUUAUUUGUUUAGUUUUUUUUUUUUUUUUGAAGAUAGUCAAUUUUUGCCAUAUUCCAAUAUUUUUGGAUACCCCCUUACCAUUAUGUGAGUGUGGCUUGCUAAUUAGCACAAGUCUUCUAUUCACAACGAGACCAGCAACAAGAUGCCUCCCUUUUCCACUGAAGACUAUCACAAACUGCUACAGAAGAUGGCGGUCCUGGAAAUGAAAAUCCACCAUCUUGAAGUGUCUGUGGAUUCGCCAGUUGGGCAAUGAUACCACUCUACCGAUGUCUCAAAAUGGUGAGCAGAAGCAUGCUAACAGACAGCCACUUAGCUCUACAAAGAGGAUGGAUGUGGACUGUGGAAACGGUAAUAGAUCACCCAGCAGCUCUUCCUGGAAUUAACUAAACAUAUGGAACAUCUAAAAGGGAGGGAAGAACACCAGCAGAUUACAGAGGAAUCGGGCUGACCUGCAUUGUGUGCUGCUUCAACCGCAAGAGAGCGGCUGUAUACGGUCGCAACAUCAAAGGGCAAGAAAACAGGACGCAAGUCAAUGCAAAACAUUGACAUCAGACUUACAAAUAGAUUUGAGCCACUUGAGCCGGACCAGCUCGCUCCAGUCUUCACUCAGAUCUUCAAUAGAUCUCUGGAACUGUGUGAAGUACCAUCGUGUUUCAAAUGCUCGACCAUCAUCUCGGUCCCCAAGAAACCUGCAAUCUCGGGUCUGAAUGACUACAGGCCUGUCGCCCUGACAUCUGUGGUCAUGAAGUCCUUUGAAUGCCUCGUGCUGGACCACCUCUAGAGCAUCAGAGGUCCCCUGCUGGACCCCCUGCAGUUUGCCUACCGAGCAAACAGGUCUGCGGAUGACACAGUCAACAUGGGAGUGCACUUCAUCCUAGAACACCUCGACAGCGCGGGGACCUACGCGAGGAUCCUGUUCAUGGACUUCAGCUCUGCUUUCAACACCGUCAUCCCCAAACUCCUCUCCUCCAAGCUUCUCUCGCUCAGCAUCUCGCCUGCCAUCUGCCACUGGAUUUACAGCUUCCUGACGGGGUGCAGAUGGAGUCACCCAAAAAAAUCGGAGGAACGAAUGAGGAAUAAUAUGAGGCAGCACUUUCAAUCUCCCACACCCCUCCCUGCCCAAUUGGAGCAAAGCCCAACACAAAACUCACUCUCUACAAACCAAAAUGCCCUGUUAGAUGUGAUGGACAGGAUGAAGGCUAUUGUCAUUAUUGGAAUCCAACGCACACCACACCAAGAUCUUCCUCCCCCCCCCCCCCCCCCUCUCCUGAAACCAACGUCCGCUAAGAUGUGAAGGGCCUCUCCUCCACCCAUGAAUAAUAUUAUCUCCAAAUCUGACUGAUAUGUGCGGGGUCUUUUCCAGAAUCAGUCAGACCCCUAUGGAGAUCAGGCGUUUUUGAUCCCUGUAAUUACAAGGGACAGAAAGUUGGUCAAAGAAAUAUGGCACAAAAAAAGUAGAACUAGAAACUUAGUGAGGAUAAAAUGUGAAUCUAUCAAACCAUUGUCUCCAGUUUGCUCUCUUUUCAAUAUCAGGUCACUGAGUAAUAAAUAAAUGUUGUUUAAUAACAUCAUUACAACCUAUGAUCUAGAGCUUUGGUACUGACUGAAACGUGGUUCACAGAAAGUAGCUGUUAUACCAGUUUAAAUGAGGCAACACAAGCAAAUUUUUAUUUUAUGUUGAAUAAGGAAACAAGGCGGUGGAAUUGCUGGUAUUUUUAAGUCAUUAUUUAAGUGUAAAGAAAUUAUACUGGGUGAUUUUUGUCAUGGCUGUGUGUUCCGUUUGUUGUCUUCCCCCUGUCUCGUACACAACUGCUCCUGAGAGCAUCUUCACCACCUGUGCCUCGUUCACCCUAAUUACCCCUGGCAUUUAACCUCGUGUCUCAUUCUUUCUAGUCGCCAUUUCGUUGUACCUUGUCGUCGCGUUCCAGCAUUCCUUGUUUCCACGUCACAGACUCACAGUAAGACUAGACCCUGUUCCGAUUAUCGACCUCGCCUUUUUGCCUCACGUUUUUGGAUACUGUUCCCUUUUUUUUUUAAUUGCCUGCGUGUGUACCGACUUCUGCCCGUAUAUUAAACGUCUCUUUUUGAAACUGUC